CCAGGACGUUACUAAUCCGAUGCGGUGGGGCUCGGCUUACUUGAAUCGUAUACGAUUGUUUUUUGCAAUUGUGUAGUUGCACUCUUCUUCAGGUGCGCUUUUGUCUUUGGCUUGCAUCCAGUUCACUAUGAAACCUCCUCAGGUACCGCAGCCGCGUGGGAUAGCGGGCACUACAUGGGUCCGGGGUUUGAGACCGAGUCGGGGCGCGAUAUGGAAAUUCCGACCAACCACCGGCCGCACAGACACGCGCCCAGUGGUCAAAUCCCUCUGCCGGCAAAGUUUCAGCGCUAGGUUCGGAGAAGAAAGCAGUGAGGAGCGCAUCUAUGUAAAAACAAGUUUUGUAAAGAUUGGAACUUCAUUGAAAUUAAAACUCCUCUGCGACUCCAAAAUGUAUCGAGCUUGAAGAAAUUCGUAAUGUUGAUUGUGGAUUGAAAAUGAACUAUGUCCAAUGAGAACUACCGUAGCUGGGCUUUGCUUCGGCCAACCAAGAAGAUAAUUGCAGAGGUAUUGACUUGCCAGGAACGAGAUGCGAAAAUUGCUCCGCUCCUUCCUAAGAUAAAAA